CUACUCACUAUAGACUAAGCCACACACACAUCGGUUACAGACGCACGCAGUUGUCUGCUGACGUGCGUAAAGUGAACACCCGACAAUAUAAAAUGAAUACACAAAAACGCGAUACCGUCCCAUCACUGCACGAAACGGAUUCGUGACGUUAUUCCACGUCGUAGUCUGUUUCAUUGCGAAAUAAUAUUAAUAGGUAAUACAUUGCAUAUAGGUAUUCGUUUGCGGAGCCCGCCCCCGCGACAUGAACAUACUCUUCCGGAAGAAUUUCCAGGCGGAAGGCUCCUCCAAGGAGAGGAGCUAUUCCAGUGGCCUGGGCAGGAGGACGCCCAGCGGCAACACCAAUGCACUGGGAACCGUGCGGAGGACCAGGGAAUCCAGGUGUUCAAUGAUGAUCGACUCGGAUCAUACUUGUCCGUUUAGGACCCACAUACUCCUGGGUCACGCAAACUUCCCACAGGAGUUUGAAGACUUCGUCGGGCCACCUUUGCUGGCACAACCCAAACCCACCUCGGCCGUCCCACUCAUACGGUGGAUCCGGAGGAAACAAUCCACGGGGAAGGCCGAGACGAUCGUCACCAACACGCCACAAUUCACAAACGCCACUGGGACCAGUGCGAGCGCAGGUAGCAGCUCGGUCAACAACAAUCCAAUUGACAAGAAUUGCAGAGGUCGCCAUGGUUCGUAUUCUACACUAAAUAAUCCCACUGGUACAAACGGUCAUAGUACGCUCCAUGUCAGAAAAGUCGAUUCGGCGAGUAUUGCCAACAUGGACAAAGAUUGUUUCAUCAUACCAAUCGCUUAUUUGGACCGAUUCCUACCCGACGGGGUCAACCUCCCCACGACGCCAAGUCCAAACAAAACCAAUGCUCUAAAUAUGGUCGAAGUAGACGAUCCGAAAACUUGCCUCAUGUUUCACAUGAUGACCACGUUGGAACCGAUCGAUCCUGUUUUAGAAUCUCCUUUGUCGGAUCCAAUGGCCAGACAAACGGCAGCUGCUUGUGCCCUGCUUACAGAAAUAGCAGCAACAAAAGUAGCUUCGGAGGGCAUGUUGCUGGCAAAUUUAGAAAAAGACGCCGUGUUCCCGUUCAUUACAUAUUACGUGCUGAAUAAGUCUUCGGUGUCCAAUCCCCGUGAAGUGGCUGUGAACGUUCGGAACACGACUCUGAAAAAAUUCGACCCUCGGGUCAUCAAGCACACCACCGAUCACACGUUCGACUUGUUCACCGAAGUGGCCAACAUCGUGUGCCCACCGAUGAGCCAGUCGAAGAGGCCUAGGGGCACGCACACCGCUUACAUCAUAUCGGUGUACAAAGUAUUCGACGGCGACGACAGUGAAAAGUUCGAGAAACACUGGCUUUAUUGGACAGGCGCACGCAUGAUCUACAAUUAUUUACCGAAAUCUGCCGGUUUGAGGAGGAUAACGUUACACAAGUCGCAAUCGAACGGCGACAAACAGUACGUGCUUAUGUGCGAAUGUGCCAAUUUACUACAAGACUUCACAUCCGUAGCCAAGUUACUGCCGGCGCUCAAGGCUAGACUGUGCGGUUGCACUGGAGUGUACCGAUCUAUAUUCAUAAUUUAAUAUUUAAAUAUAAAAUAAUUUGUAUUGUUAUAAUAUGCUGGUACCUAAGGGCGCCCAUAGGGUAAUAUUCAGGGGGGUUCGGGGGGUGGUACAAAAUUAAACUAUAUUACAAAACCUAUUUAUAGCAUAUUUAUAAUAGGUUGGUAUUUCUUAAAAGUCAUGGUGGUGGAGAAGUCCUAUGCAGGAUUUUUGAAUGUCGGGAAGCUUGAAAAUAAACUUCAAUUUUAUUUUUAUUUUUAUUUUGUCACUAUUGAAAGUAUUUAAUCACUAUUGAAAGUGAUAAGUAAUAAGCAAAUAAGUGCAAUAUAAAUUCAAAGCAUAUACAUCAUUUUUUUUUUUUGGUUACUUUAUUAUUUUCUAGGGGGACAUGCCCCGCUUGCUCUCCCACCAAUGGGCGCCCUUGCUGAUACCGCAAUAUAACCUACCUGUGCGUACAUAUUGACAAAUAUCGUCGCGGUAAUACCUAAUAACGCAAGCAUAAUCAUAGCAAAGACGACCAGCGUGGGUAAUUAAACAAGAUUUUCCAAUAAGUACUCCAAAAUGUAUACGAUAUAAAGUCCUAAUACAUAAAUAAUUAUAUAAGUAUUAUUAUUAUUAUUAUUAUUAUUAUACGAUGUACGUAUAACUUGUGUACAAAUUAAACGAUUAUUGUAUUUUA